ACUCUCUUUAACCUUCAUUAUUUCUCUUCACUUCACUUGUCUUCUCUUCGCUCCGCACCUACUCUGAGGCUAUACUUGGUUCCAAUUUCUUGAUUACUAGCCAAGUCAAAGUCCAGAUUAAGCAAUGGGAUUGAAGGGUUUUGUUGAAGGGGGUAUUGCUUCCAUUGUUGCUGGUGCUUCUACACACCCUCUUGACCUCAUCAAGGUCCGUAUGCAGCUCCAAGGUGAAUCCCAUCUCCCAAAACCAGCUUCUUUUCAGGCUUUUCGCCCUGCGUUGGCCGUGAACUCGGUUGCUGGGAAUAUUUCCCUCCCAGCAACUUUAGAAGUAGUCCCUCCGCCACCUGCGGCCGCCGCAGCUCGUGUUGGACCUAUUUCCAUUGGUGUACGCAUCAUUCAAUCUGAAGGUGUUGCUGCGCUUUUCUCUGGUGUAUCUUCCACUUUACUUCGCCAGACAUUAUACUCUACUACACGCAUGGGACUUUAUGAUAUUCUAAAGCAAAAAUGGACAGACCAAGAUUCAGGAAGUAUGCCACUUGUAAAGAAAAUAGUGGCCGGGCUUAUCUCCGGCGGUGUUGGAGCUGCUGUCGGCAACCCUGCUGACGUGGCAAUGGUCCGCAUGCAGGCUGAUGGACGUCUGCCUAUUGACCAACGUAGAAACUACAAAAGCGUCGUUGAUGCUCUGACUCAAAUGUCAAAGCAAGAAGGCAUUGCUAGCUUAUGGCGUGGCUCAGGUCUUACAGUGAACCGAGCGAUGAUUGUUACAGCGUCACAGCUUGCAUCCUAUGAUCAGAUAAAGGAGAUGAUCCUGGAAAAGGGGGUAAUGAGAGAUGGGAUUGGGACACAUGUGACGGCGAGCUUUGCCGCAGGGUUUGUGGCCGCCGUGGCUUCGAACCCUAUUGAUGUGAUAAAGACUAGGAUUAUGAAUAUGAAGGUGGAAGCAGGGGCAAAGCCGCCGUAUAAAGGCGCAUUAGAUUGUGCAAUGAAGACAGUGAAGGCGGAGGGGCCAAUGGCUUUGUACAAGGGAUUUAUCCCUACAAUCUCAAGGCAAGGACCUUUCACAGUCGUCCUCUUUGUCACACUAGAGCAAGUCAGGAAAUUACUCAAGGAUUUCUGAUCGUUGAUGAUGAUAAAGAAAAUUAAGCACUUCGUAGACUGUGAUUUUCAGAUAGUUAUUCUUCUUUUAUUUUGUAGCUGCCAGAAUUUUCACUUUUUCUUAUAUUAUCCUAUAUAUCUUAUAUCACUAAUAUUUUUUUUUGUUCUAAUAUUUUCUCACUUUUUCUAAUCUAUUUGUAUCUGUUGUUUGCACUUUUUAAUUUAUAAUAAAUAAAGGGAAAUAACUCGAAUUUGAUAUGCAAGUUUCAUAUCUUA